GAAGCGGCGGCGGGGGCAGGCGCACGCGGCCGGAAGCGGCGGCGGCAGCGGCAUGGCGCGGCGCGGCUCCUUCUCCGGCUCGGACUCGGGCUCGGACUCGGAGGACUCCUCUCUCUCGGAUUCGGAGCUCCAGGAGGCCUUUUCGCGGGGCGAGCUGAAGCCGGGGCUCAACGUGGUGCUGGAGGAGCGGCCGAAGCGGUGCAACGACGCGCACGGCCUGAAGCGGUGCCUCUCCGAGUUCAAGCAGCAGCUGGCGUGGGUGGAAAGGCUGGACGUGACUUCGGGCCAGGUCGCAGAUCCCGUCUCACAGAGUGCUCCGAGCAAAGAUGCCGUUGACCCUGAGAAUGAUUUCCAGAGGGAGAUGUGCUUCUACCGGCAGGCUCAGGCGGCGGUCCUGGAAGCCCUACCUAGGUUGCGUAAGCUCCAAGUUCCUACUAGAAGGCCAGAUGAUUACUUUGCAGAGAUGGCCAAAUCAGACCAACAGAUGCAGAAGAUCCGACAGAAACUUAAGAGUAAACAAGAAGCCAUGGAGAGGUCUGAGAAAGCGAAGCAGCUCCGUGCAAUGAGAAAAUAUGGCAAGAAGGUGCAAACUGAGAUUCUGCAGAGGAGACAAAAGGAGAAAAAAAAUAUGUUGAAUGCAGUCAAGAAAUAUCAGAAAGGUCUCUCUGACAAGCUGGAUUUUCUAGAUGAAGACCAGACGUCAUCUCAAGGGAAUAAAAAAGGCAGUGCAAGUCAACGGAUGAAGAAGGGACCAAAUGCCAAAAGACGGUACAAGAAUCAGAAGUUUGGUUUUGGUGGGAAGAAGAAGGGCUCAAAGUGGAACACAAAGGAGAGUUGCAAUGACGUAUCCAGCUUCCGGUCAAAAGUGGCUCACAACAAAGGCCCAGGAAAAGCAGGAAAAGGAGGGAAAAAAGCCCUCAAUAAGAGACCUGGAAAGAGAGCAAGGCAGAAAAUGAAGAACAGAGCACGAUAAGAGGACUGUGCUCCCCAGUGGGAUUCCUGUGUUUCUGUGUGUUGCAAAAUGUGUUUCUGCUGGAAAGCAGCUAACCGUGGAGCAAGCUGAAUGCUUCCAAGUGGAAAGAAAGAAAAGUCAGUGGAAGCUAGUGCCUUAUCACUAAUUUCUUAUUGUCUGUUUGGUUGAAGGAUUGUUUUCUACUUAAACCUUUGGGGUGUGAACGCAUUAAAUGGUUUGCACAGA